AUGGCUGCGCACGCGGGCCCACUGGGUUUUGAUGAGGAGGCGGACAACUGGGAGGCUUACCGGCUACGAUUGGAAGCAUACUUCGAGGUUCACGACGUCACGGACGAGAAGAAACGCAGGGCAAUUUUGGUCACGGCGUUGAGCACAAAGACAGUGGAUUUAUUGGCUGCACGAUGCGCGCCGGCGAAGAUACAGGACCUGAAAUACGAAGACGCUGUGAAGUUCCUGGGUGAGCGAUUUGCUCCGGCGUGCAACGAAAUCACAGAAUCGUACAAGUUCUUCACAAGGAAUCAGCUUGCAGGAGAGUCGGUAAAUGAAUUUCUCGUGGAAAUACGAAAGAUUGCAAGCAGGUGUAAUUUCGGUAGCGCCCUCGACAGGAUGCUAAGGGACCGCAUUGUUUGCGGCCUGCGCGACGCUAGUGUUCGUCGGCAGCUGUUGGCAAAAGCGGAACUCACGCUGAGGGAGGCGGAAGAGGCAGCGCGUGCAGCAGAGAUGACAGCGGCAAACAUGGACCACAUGGCCAGCGCGCAAAACACGGACAAUGUGCACGCUAUGACGAUGAAGCGCAGAGGCCAACCAAGACUGGCGGCACGAAGGGACGUGCCCAUGCUGCGGCAAAAGUGGUCAUACAGCGGAAAAAUGCAAGUUCCGUUCUGUUAA